AUGCAUCUACAAAGGAGAAAAAACCCCAGCCUGUGGAUAUUCGGAUAUGGCUCUUUAGUCUGGAAACCAGACUUCAAAUACAAGAGAAACUACGUAGGCUAUAUCAAAGGAUUUAGUAGACGCUUCUGGCAUGGGGACAAUUUUCAUCGAGGAGACAAAGACUUGCCAGGUAGAGUGGUGACUUUAGUGGAAGAUCAUGAUGCUUGCACCUGGGGGAUAGCCUAUGAGGUCACCGACUCCCAAAUGGAGGAGUCUCUGCAGUAUCUGAAUGUGAGAGAGGCUGUGCUGGGGGGCUACGCCACCAAGAUGGUGGAGUUCACUCCCAGAGAGAAGUGCCAAGGGUCUCUGCUUGCCCUGGUCUACAUCGCCACCUCUGACAACCCCAUAUAUCUUGGGCCUGCCACUCCCACAGAGAUAGCUGCUCAGAUUGCCAUCUGCAGAGGCAACACGGGCCACAACAUAGAGUACCUCCUUCGCCUGGCUGAGUUCAUGAGGCUGUACUGUCCUGAGGUAGAGGAUGACCAUCUCUUCUCCAUAGAGGCAGCCGCCCUGGCUCUGCUCAUCUGA